AUUUAGCAGAUUCUCUUAUGCAGAGACUUGAUAGCAGUUCUUUAGAUAGUUCACAAGGCAUAGGUGUCGGUUGUAAUCGACUACAAAAGACAAAAGAAGAGCAUAGCAACCAACCUGAUCUAUCUCGUCGCUUGGAAGAGUUAUGGGAAGAACAAAUGGAAUCGUAUUCUGAGACUAAACCUACCUGCCCGAGUUUGAACUUGUCAGCUGCACAACCUGAGAUCAAUAUGAAUAGUUUUUCGAAGCGAGUAGUACAAGAAUGGAAGGAUGAGUACGUCGGGCCCAAGUACUAUUCUAUCUCACCUGUUUCAUCGCAUGAGAAUUCCGUAAUAUCUGAAGACAGUAUAGAUCAAACGGAACUAAAGAGCUUGGAUAGUUGUGCCGUUGGUUCUCAGGCGAGUUUAGAACUUUGCCAAGAGGCGCUAAAGAAUGAUGAGUUUUUUCGGUUGAUGGCGCCUAGUGAAAGAAUGUUUCGUCGUGCUGUGUUAAAUUAUCGUACUCAACGCAGACAUUCCUUGGAAGAUGCUAUAAAAAGCAAUGGCUUUAUUCCAUUGUUACCGAAACAAGAAAAACAGUGGAUGCAAUCAGAAGAUAAUUUCCAAGUUUCUUAUUCACGACCUUUAUUGGAGAUACCAUUUUGGAGCAAUCGUUGUCGUCGUGCUGUUUCACUUACUUUGAGCCAUAACGAUUUGUUGGAAGACUUGGAAUGUAUAUGUUCUACUAGUCAAGGAGGAGGAAGUUUUGUUGAUUUGGAAGCGAGUUCGGAAUGCGUUUCUAUGGAUAAAUGUAAUAUUCGUCGUCACCCUCGCCAUUUAGAUGGCUCAUCAGGUGGUUUUUAUUCUCGUGAAGACAACAGAGUGAAUAAGGAAGAUUGCACUAGUCAUGUGGGAAAUUCUCGCUAUCAUGAAGAUCGUUUGUCUUUUAAGAAGCGUUUCCGUGAAAUGUUUCGUGCUUCAAAGCAUCGUGGUUUUAUUUGUUGUGUAUAUUGUGGAGCAGAAUGUUGGGCUCCUAAUGGUCGAUAUCACUUCAAUUCUUGUAAGGUUUACAACGGCAGAAUAAGAGAUGAAACUGUUGGAAGAGAUAUGACCAACACUUUGUCACAUGUGAAUUCGACUACUCAUCAUUCGGAUACUUCUCGUUGUGAUUCUCAGCAAGCGAGUCUGAAAAAAAGUCGCUUCCGUCAUUGGAGUGAAGCUGCUCGUGUAGAAGGAUUCAAAAAGACUUUAGAUCGUCCAGGGUAUGUGGUAUGUUUAAAAUGCGGAGAACAUGUGUGGGCACCCAACUCUCGUCGCCAUGCUUCUAUGUGUUUUUUAACAAAUGAAACACAACCUGUACUAAAGCGUUCAAGAAGAAGAUGUUCGGAUAAGCAGGAUUGUGUAACAAAUACAGAAACUUGUUCAGUGUUGUGCGAUUCUCAAGGACUGACCUAUUCUCAUUUGUCCCUUUCGAAUGUCGAGAAGAAUGAAGAAUGCUGCCAUCAUGGAGACUCGGAAUCAUCGCUUUCUAAAAAUCAGGAAACGGAUGACUUUUGUACGGAACACGUUUCUGAAAAGUGCUCAGGAGAAAAUUCUCAAAUAUCGAAUGAGGCUGAAUGGAAUGGCUAUUUAGGUGGUUUUGAUGAAUCGAAAGAAAGAAUGAGUCAAAUCCCUUUUGACUCGAAUCAUCACAAAAAUGAAUCCAUAGCGUCCAACUUUCGUCGUUCUACUACCAGAAAAGGAUGGUUAGAAUGUCGUCAUUGUGAAGGUUUGGUUUGGCCACCCAAUGCCUUUCGCCAUAUUCGUAAUUGUGAAAAAUAAAUGACUUUUACUUAGUUUUUAAUAACUCCUAUUGUUGUAGUGAAUGGCUACAAAGAUAAAUGUAUUGUGCUUGGU